AACUGCUGCAAUACAAACCUGCUUCUCAUUCACUGUUAGCCGCUGUGACCAUUCAUGCUUUGAAAAGCAACCAAGCCGUUGGACUAGUUUUGUUCUCAUCAGCUUUGUAUUUAUGCUCAUCGAUAUUUGUCAUCCUAUUCGUGUUACAGUGUUAGAAUGCUUAGCACGUUAGCUUGAGUAACUGUGCAGCAGAGCGAUGAUGGACAACUUAGCUAACUAGCUGCAAGCUAACUAGCUGCUAGCCGACUGAGCAAACCGGUGAGGCCUGUUUGGAUGUUCGGUCAAUAGUGUGGCGGCUCUAACGAAGACUAAAACACCAGUAUUUACCCUGUGCUCCUCGGAAGGUGGAUAGCUGUGUUCUGCUGUUUGCGGUUUCUCAGGCUUGAAAACAGCAAAGUACCUGUGAAAAGAUGGAGGCUCCUCCUGUCACUGUGAUGCCAGUCACCGGGGGCACAAUCAAUAUGAUGGAGUAUCUGUUACAAGGGAGUGUGUUAGAUCAAGCCCUGGACAGCCUCUUGCAUCGCCUUCGAGGUCUGUGUGACAGCAUGGAGCCUGAGACCUUCACAGAUCAUGAACUGGUUUACCUUCUGAAAGGCCAGCAAGGCAAUCCUUUCAUUCUGCGUGCUCGGCGCUCCCUCUCCCAUCCCAGCGCUCCGUGGCAUCUACGCUAUCUCGGCCAACCUGAAGUGGGAGACAAGAGCCGCCACGCCAUGGUGCGCAACUGUGUGGACGUGGGCGCCUCGCACAGCCUCCCAGAGUUCCUCAACGAGAUGGGUUUCCGCAUGGACCAUGAGUUUGUGUCCACCGGACACAUAUUUCGUAAAGGUGCCAUGAAAAUUGUGGUCAGUAAGCUGUCGCGCAUCCUGGUGCCGGGGAACACAGAGAACACAGAGCGUCUGUCGCUGUCGUACCUGGUGGAGCUGAGCGUGUUGGCCCCUGCCGGCCAGGAUACCAUGUCGGAAGACAUGCGCAGCUUUGCCGAACAACUCAAACCUCUUAUUCACCUGGAGAAGAUUGACCCAAGCAAACAGAGACACUAGAGGGUCAGGCCCUCUCUGACUGUCACGGACAAAAUUCAAUCUCUUGUUUUUUUUUUUUUGUAAAGCAAUGCUUACAAGUUAUGUUAAAUGAAAUACAGUGCAACUUAAUGUUUACCUCCUCUGGUCAGUUUGUUAUGAGCUGAAAGGUGUUUCAACUAUCAGUGGUAAAUAUCACUGCUUUUCACCAGUUUUCACCAAUUCCUGGUCACAGAAGUUUUAUUAUGUAGUGUCACCACUUAGUAUCAUACCUCAAACAGGUGUUAAGUAUUAAAAUAAUAACUCUUUAAUAUAAUACAAAAGCAGUCUGGCUACAUGAUCACUUUCAAAUAAUGUGAUACGACAACUUUAACCUUUUUUUGUGUGACAACAUUGUCAUCGGUUACGAAAGUGUAAUGCUGCACAAGAUUAUUUUCAACUAAAAUAACAUCUUUUU